AUGUCUCGCGGGCCGCUGCCCUCCAAGCUCUGCCUCCUGUCUUCCCUGGCAGACCACAAGCCCGGCGACAAGGUCAGAUUCCUAGGAUGCGUCACGUCGUACGACGUCAACACGGCUUCCCUGGUUCUCGGCCACCCGUACCCCCGGGGCACCGACGUCCUGGUCGCCGUGAGCGCGAGGCUCGUCCUCGAGACGAUGCAGCCUGAAGCCACACGCGUGGGAGAGUGGGUCAACGUGUUGGGCUAUGUGCAGGAUGCGUCUGCGAUGGACGCACCACCACCCGCUGGAGUGUGCGCGUUUGUGGAAGCUCUGAUGGUUUGGCCCACUGGGCCUUUGGAUGUCCGGCAGUACGAGAAGACGGCGGAGGACGCACGUCUGCGGAGCUGA